UGCUCUUCCGGGUACCAAGCCUGCAACUUCCUCUCUGUAAUUCCGUAGACCUUUGUGUUUCUGUGUGAUAUGUUUUGAGUUCCUAUGCUGUGAUGUGAGGGGAACUCCGCAAGCUUAGAACUCCAGACAUGGAUGUAGUGACCUAUGAUGACGUGCAUGUGGACUUCACUCGGGAAGAGUGGGCUUUGCUGGAUCCUUCUCAGAAGAGUCUCUACAAAGAUGUGAUGCUGGAGACCUGUAGAAAUCUCACAGCUAUAGGCUACAUUUGGGAAGAACAUACUCUUGAAGACCAUUUUCAAGGUUCUAGAAGUCAAGAAAGACAUGAUAGAAGUCAUACUGGAGAGCAGCCUUCAAUUAUUCAAUGUGAUAAAGCCUUUGCAUAUCAGAGCCAUACCCAAAGUCAUGAAAGAACACACAGUGGAGAGAAACCCUAUGAAUGUAACCAAUGUGGAAAAGCCUUUGCAGGAAGCAGUGGUCUCAAAUAUCAUAAAAGAACACAUACAGGAGAGAAACCUUAUGAAUGUGACCAAUGUGGGAAAGCCUUUUCAGGAAGCAGUGGUCUCGAAUAUCAUAAACGAACACAUACAGGAGAGAAACCCUAUGAAUGUAAACAAUGUGGGAAAGCCUUUAGAGGAAGCAAUGUUCUCCGAAUACAUAAACGAACACAUACAGGAGAGAAACCUUUUAAAUGUAACCAGUGUGGUAAGGCCUUUUUAAAGAGGAAUGGUCUCGAAUAUCAUAAAAGAACACAUACAGGAGAGAAACCCUAUGAAUGUAACCAAUGUGGGAAAGCCUUUGCAGUAAGGAAUAAUCUCCAAAGACAUAAACGAGCACAUACAGGACAGAAACCCUAUGAAUGUGACCAAUGUGGAAAAGCCUUUGCAGGAAGCAGUGGUCUCGAAUAUCAUAAACGAACACAUACAGGAGAGAAACCCUAUGAAUGUGACCAAUGUGGGAAAGCCUUUGCAGGAAAGAGAGACCUCCACAGACAUAAACAAACACAUACAGGGGAAAACCCUAUGAUGGUAACCAGUGUGGUAAAGCCUUUGCUUGAAGCAGUAAUCUCUAAAUACAUAAAUGAACACAUACAAGAGAGAAACAUUUUAAAUGUAAGCAAUGUGGUUAAGCCUUUGCAGGAAGGAGUAAUCUCCAGGUACGGAAACGAACACAUACUGGAGGUAACCCUUUGACUGUAACCAAUGUGGGAAAGCUUUUUCACAAAGCAGUGGUCACCAAAAUCAUAAAAGAGCACAUAAUUAAGAGAAACCCUCAGGAAAUCCAGGACACAAUGAGAAGACCAAACCUAAGGAUAAUAGGUAUCGAAGAGAGUGAAGACCUCCAACUUAAAGGGCCAGUAAAUAUCUUCAACAAAAUUAUAGAGAGAAACCCUUUGACUGUAACUGAUGUGGUAAAGCUUUUCCAUAAAGCAGUUAUCACCAAAAUCAUAAAAGAACACAUAUAGGAGAAAAAGUUUUGAAUGUAUUCAGUGUGGUUUUAAAACUUUUUCACAAAGCAGUGGCCUCCAAAUAUAUAGAGGAACACAUACAUGUGAAAAACUCUAUGAAUAUCAUCAAUGUGCUGACGCCCUUUUACAUCACAGUCCUCUUCAAAUCCAUAAAGAACAUGUCCUGGAGUGAAGUCCUCUGAAUGAAACUAAUGUGGUAAAGCCUUCGUACAAAACAGUCAUCUCCUAACACGUAAAAGAAUGCACACUGGAUGGAAACCCUCUGAAUGUGAGCGAUGUGGAAAACCUUUUGCAAGUCACACUUUAAGAACUCUCCAAGUAAGUAAGAGAAGACACACUUGAGAGAAACCCUAUGGACGCCAUCAGUGGGAUAAAGCCGUUGUACAUUGCAAUAAUCUUAAAAUACAUAAGAGAAGAUAUACAGAUGAGAGACCCUAUGAAUAUAAGCAAUGUGGUAAAGCAUGUCAAUCAUAUUCAAAGGUGUGAAAGAAACCGUACAGUAGAGAAGUCCUGGGGAUGCAUUUAAUAUGUGAAGUCUUCACACAUUUCUAUAGUAUUCAUCAUCAUGAAAAAAAAUCCAUAUUGGAGAGAAACUGUAGGAAUAUAUUUGAUAUUAUGAAGCCUUUUCAAAUUUCCCAAGUAUUCAUUAUCAUGAGAGAGAAACUGUAUGUAUGCGUUCAAUAUAGGGAAGGUUUUGCACAUUUCUACAGAGUUCAUCACCAUGAAAGUAAUUCUACUGGAGAGAAGGUCUGUGAGUGUAAACAGUGUGGUAGGGCCUUUCUGGAAUGAGGUCCUCUCAGAUCCAGCACAACUCAAACUCAGGUAAUGGAAAUGACAGGAGUUUAUUGUAGUAAAGCUGCUGCCGGGUGUGACCCAUAAUGCACACACCUCUCCACUGGCCCAGAAUUGUACCUGUCUGAAAGAAUUGCAGGAACAAACAAAAAUGGAAAAGAGUCUGAGCAAAAGGAGGUCCAGAGACAGGCCCAAAUUCGGGUCCAGCUUAGUGGGAGGCCUUAAGGUCUGACACUAUUACUGAUGUUAUGGUGUGCUUACAAACGGGGGCCUGUUGUGACUGAUCUCUAAAAUGCCAAAUGAGCGGAUGAAAGUGUCAGGUGCAGAGAUUUACACCCAACCAAUGGACAGAAACUGGUGAACCCUGUGGUUGAAUUAAGGAAAAGCUGGAAGAAGUUGAGGAGGCGGGCAACACUACAGGAAGACCAGCAGUCUGAACUAACCUGGACCCUGGGGGUCUCUCAGACACUGAGCCACCAACCUGGCAGCAUACACCAGCUGAUGUACAGUAGAGGACUGCCAGGUCUGGACUCAGUCAGAGGACAUGCGCCUAACCAAGUCUCUGGAAAGACUUGGGGCCCCAGGGAGUGGGAAGAUCUGGUGGGAUGAGGGUAGGGGGUGCAUGGGGCAUCUUCUUGGAGAAUGGGGGAGAAGGUGUGGGAUGUGGAACAGUUGUAGAGUUGACCAGGAGAAGUAUAAAGUCUGGAAUGUUAAAAAUAAAAUAAAAUAAAGAAAAAAGAAAAUUUUUUGAAAAAGAAAGAAAACCAAAAACAUUUGUGUGAAAUUACAGCUACAUUUUCCCACCAAUCAGGAUUUAGGUAUAGGUGCUUAUGUAACUUACCGUGUCAACUGUUAUAGAAUGUGGGUGUUACAGUUUAACCAAUCGUAUCCAUUGGUUCUUUGGUGGUGAGGAACAGGUGUUAUGUUUUGAGGAGCACAAGAUGAAUAGCAGAAGGCAUUGUUAGAGACCAUCAUUACAGUUUCAAGAACAAAAGAUGAGCAAAGGAAGGUGGUCAGCUAAUGGGAAGUCCCCAACUGCCCCAGGCCUGGGAACUUGAACUUAGUUUCACUGUAUGAUUAAAUGGAGGGUAAUAACAAAAAGA